AUGUCAUUCAAAGAUGAGAAGCCACUUGACUUUUCCCGCACUGGAUUAGAUCAUCUUUUAGGACCUGAAGGAUUCAAAGAAUGUGACAAAGCCAUAACAUAUGAGAGAGCAUUCAAAAAAAUUACGGAUCCAGAGAUUAUUGUAAGUUUUUUUUUAAUUGUUGACUUAUUGAAAAAAUGUUUUAUUUUCAGCUUCAAGCUAGAAGAAUGAAGUUCAUGAUUUUGAGAGUCAGAGAUGCUCGUCAAAAAAAACCAGCAAGUUCACCAAAUCCAAUUUCACCGAUGCAAUAUUUGUGUGUGGAACAAUUCGAAUACAAAGCAUUGAAAGUGGUAAGUUGUGUUUGGAAUUAUUAUUGGCCUCAAAAGGAAAAGUUUUUAAAAACUCUGAAAUUAUUUAGUUUUGCUAUAUACGCUGAAAUAGAACCCCUUUGAUUGUUGAAAUCAUCAUAAAAUAGUUAAACUAAUUCGAAAAAUCAUUGACAAGUUUUGUGUUUUCAGGUAGACUUCCACUUUCUUCUCGAUCUUUAUAUCAAAACUCUGGCACACAAUCCGGAAGAAACAAAACAUUUCCCAAGACUCAGAGCAAACGGCGAAUUUAGAAAAAACAAUUGA